AUGAGAUCGUUUACAAUUUUCAUUAUAUUUUUGAGUUUACUUUUUGUUGUUAAAGCGUGGGAUCAAUCAGAUCUUGAAAUGUUUGAUCUCAUGGAGGAGAUAAAAGUUAAUUUUUAUGAAAUUCUUAAUGUCCCGAUUACAGCAUCGCCUGAGGUCAUUAAACGUGCUUAUCGAAAAUUAUCCUUGGAGUUGCAUCCUGAUAAGAAUAAACAUGAUCCAAAUGCGGGCGAAAAAUUUCGACAACUCUCUGUGAUUUAUCAAAUACUUAGGGAUAAAGAUAGAAGGGAACGCUACAAUGACGCAUUAGAACAUGGUGUUCCUGACUGGAAGACUCCUGUCUUCUAUUAUCGACGAUUAAGAAAAAUGUCCAAUUACGAAAUCUGCGCUUUAGUAACAAUUGUUUCCAUAUCAAUCCACUUUGCUACCUUGUGGGGAUUUGCAUUUGAGCGCCGUUGGACGUUGAGAGAUCGACUUGAGGGCCAUAUGAAAAGGCAUAAGGCUUCAGAUAAGAAAAAAAUCGCCAUUGACUUGGAAAUUGAAGAGCAGUUGAAAAUCAUCAAAUAUCCUACUUUUAUGGAUAUUUUGCCAAUCGCCUUAUUGCGCGGAUUCAUUAAUUUGAUUAAAUCUAUUCCGAGUGGAAUUUCUCGCUUACGGGGCACAGUUCAUGAAAAUAUGGAGAAAGUAAAGAAGCAUUUGGACGAAAAACGAGUUAAUCACUAUGAGCUCCUUCGUCAUCUCUUUGUAGAAUUGGCUGAGGAACAGAAGGAACGUGCCAAGCGGAAGGAAGAGCAAAAGAAGAAAAAGAAGAAAGCAGAAGCGUAUAGCAUGCAUGAGAAGAACGACGAAGAAUUGGACUACUUUAACAAUCCCUCUUACCAAUUCACAAACCUGGUUGUAACGAGCGAUGAAAUUAGUGAUAAAGAUGUGGAGACUGAUGGCACUUUGAGUGAGAAAAAGCCUUGGUCGCAAAAUGAGGAGUUGGCUUUAGUUCAAUUAACUAACAAAUACCCUGGGGGAUUUCCCAAUCGAUGGUCAAAAAUUGCUCAAAUUCUUGGAAGAUCGGUGUCUGAUGUUACCGCAAAAGCUUCUGAAAUUGCCAAUGAACUGAGCUCCCGCAAUCUCAUCAAUCCCACCAUGGACGUUAGCUAUGCAGAACAGACAAGUGAAGAGGAGUCGGAAGAGGAAGAUGACUACUAUCUCUCCAAGCGCAAAGCUAAGCGAGCUGGUAAAGUAGGACCAGCAAAGAAAAGGGGUAAUUCAGUGGUGCAAGAGGAGGUAGCGGAUAGUGUCGGCGAGGCCACAGUGGAGAUGGAUAUUGCAGAUGAGAACGAGUAUGAGGAUGUUCACGUUAGCCGACGAAAACAAAAGACAAAAGCAAAAAUAAUGGUGGAGGCUGAAAAGAGGGAUCCGGUUCCUGGUGCUGUCGGAUGGACACAGAAAGAACAGAAUCAACUAGAGACGGCAAUGAACUCCUUCCCCAAGGGAACGCCCAAACGGUGGCAACUGAUUGCUGAAUGUGUCCCUUCGAAGACUCCUAGCGAGGUAUUUGAUCGAGUGAAGUUCCUCGCUGAACACAACAAAAGGAAAUCUCAAAAUGAACAGUGA